AUGUCUAACCAGUUACUUCCAGUGGUGAUUUAUCUGUGGUGUUACGCUGUCAGCACAGUUGCCUUCAAUUCCUUGCGUCAUCCGGAGCGCUUCAAUGAACAACUCAUCAACUACAAGGGUCGGGAACAAUCGAACAGAUACUUUGAGCUGGCCAGUGAAGCUUAUUACACCGGUGCGUACGACCAUCCUGCUGGGGAGGACAGCGCAAAUUCGUCAACAUGUAUGUGGACCGAUUGUUUCGAAGAACCUAACAGACCCACCGUUAUCCGACAUCGGCGGCGUGUCGAUCCAACAUUCUACGGACACCCGAAAACGCGGGAACAAAUUUGGGAGCGAAACUUCGCGCACGUCAUCAUGGACAAUCGGCAAACGCUCUCGCUGGUGACGCUUCUCAACAAGAUCAUCCUGAAGUACCUUUUCAGCUGCAUACCUAUCGUCCUGUACGACACGUACGUCGGCACCACGGAGAACUACAUCCUCGAGGCACUGUUCAGCGAGUUUCCCACCACUUACAUAACCGGUCGCAUCGGUCCGAACUACACACUGGACAAUCCGGGAAUUCUGGAACCAUUCGGCCCGCAGUGCCGCAGUUACAUCAUCUUCCUGGCGGACGUCAUGAUGACGCGGAAGGUAAUCGGUCCGCAGCUGAACAGCCACGUCGUGCUUAUACCCCGCUCGAGUCAAUGGAAGUUGCAGGAAUUUCUGGCCGCGAAACAAUCGCGCGAUAUCAUCAAUUUGCUGGUGAUUGGUGAAUCGUACUCGGUGGACAAACGCAUCAACAACGAGCAACCGUACGUACUGUACACGCACGAACUUUACAUCGAUGGGCUGGGUGCUAAUAGGCCGCGGGUUCUGACCUCCUGGAUCGGGAACAAGUUCUCGCGCAACAAUGUGAAUCUGUUUCCGAAGAAGCUGAGCAAAGGUUUCUCGGGCCACCGGUUCACGGUGAUGGCCGCCCACCAGCCACCGUUUAUGAUCAAGCGCCUGUCGACGGACGGUGUGGGCAAUGUGAAUAUAAGAUGGGAAGGGCUCGAAAUUAGGUUGAUGCGUGCCAUGGCCCUGUACCUAAACUUUACCUUCGACAUUGUCGAACCGUCCAAGUUACAGAUGGGCCCUGGUGACGCCGUUGUGGAUGGGAUUCAACGGCGACAGGCCGAUCUCGGCCUGGCCGGUAUAUAUGUGACGAUCGAACGGAACCUUGCUACGGAGAUGUCGGUAGCACAUUCGACGGAUUGUGCUGCCUUCCUAACGCUGAUGUCCAGUGCCCUGCCAAGAUACCGCGCCAUCUUAGGACCGUUCCAGUGGCCGGUGUGGGUAGCGGUGAUCCUGAUUUAUCUGUUGGCAAUUUUCCCGCUCGCAUUCUCUGACAAAAUGACACUCCGACAUCUUCUCGGUAACUGGAGUGAGAUUGAGAACAUGUUCUGGUAUGUGUUCGGUACAUUCACCAACAGUCUCACCUUUCAGGGAGAGAACUCUUGGAGCAACACGAAGAAGACGUCAACUCGCAUGCUGAUCGGUAUCUAUUGGGUGUUUACGAUCAUUAUUACGGCUUGCUACACGGGUUCGAUCAUCGCCUUCAUCACGCUUCCCGUCGAACCGGAACGGGUCGAUGGUGUGGAUCAGCUCCAGCGAGGGUUCUACCGUGUAGGGACACUGGAUCGCGGUGGCUGGGAACGUUGGUUUCUGAACUCCAGCCACAAGGAGACGAAUAAGCUGCUGAAGGAUCUACGCUUUGUGAGCAGCGUCGACGAGGGUAUCCGGAACGUGACCGAUGCGUUCCUCAUCUCGUAUGCCUUCAUCGGUUCGAAAAACGAACUGCAGUUCCUGAUCAAGUCCAAUCUGUCACAUCAGUUUCAAAACAAACGGUACGGCUUACACGUCAGCCGUGAGUGCUUUGCCAUGUACGGCGUGUCGAUGGUCUUCCCGCCCAACUCCGUCCAUCGCAAUCCGAUAAACAAUGCGAUCCUUUACAUGCAGGAAGCGGGUCUUAUCACCAAACUCAAAAAUGACGUCACGUGGGAGACGGUCAAAACGAAGGAUGGCCGCUACAUGGAAGCUUCGGUUGGGGAAGUUUUACGAACCACCGCACCUUCCGAGCGCGGCCUUACACUCGCCGACACGGAAGGUAUGUUUCUGCUGAUGCUGUUCGGGUACGUUGUGGCGCUGGGGGUGCUUAUCUCCGAAUGGGUCGGCGGUUGCACCAACAAGUGCCGUGAGGUGCUAAAGGAACGUGCGGAGCGUUUGAAAGCGGCCGCCGCAGAAGUUGCUGCAGCCGCGACUGGGAGUGAAACGUCCUCCAUUCCGGCAUCCAUUCCGUCAUCGGCAAACGAGAAGACGAAGCGAACCGGUAUCAAUGGCACCGAAAGGUCGCAACCAGCGAGUAAUAACGGUUCGGCUAAGGUACGCCGCAUAAGACUUACUGGGGAUGAUCCUCACGUUGGGCCAAACGUGCACGACGAUCCGGUGGAUGUUGCCAGCGAAGGAUCCUCGUUGCACCGUCGCAGCCUCUCCGAAUGCCUCUCGGAGGUAAGCGCGCAUACCAUGCAGGAGCUGUACAAUGGACCCGAUCGGCGACAUUCGACCAUCGUUUUCCUAGACGGACAGCUGAUGUCGGAGGAGGAAGCCAAACGAAAAGUCGCUCGCAGUAAUCCGAGACACCGGCACAGCUUAAGCUCCGUGCUGGAACGGGAGGUCAGUCAGCUGUUCAGGUUCUUGGGGAAAGACUCACAGGACACCUCACGGCGCGAGUCGACCGAAACGAGCGGUCUUGUGCGACGAGGUGCAUGCCACGAUCGGAAGGAAGUUGAGGUGGCGGUUGAGAUCAACACACCGGGAAACGUUGAAGGCCACCAACUAGCCACGGCAGCGACUGUCACAGGUCGUCGUAGCAUCGAGGCCACUUUUGGUGAAAAAUUGCUACAUUAA